AUGGAGGUCAACGCAUUACCGGACUUCCAAAUGCUACCAUACCCUGCCAUCAACCCUCAAGACCAACUCGACAACCAAAUCACCCUCAAAACAACAUCCUCAUGGACCUACUGUGGACCCCUCCUAUCUCUAGACGCACAUACUCUCCCAGGCUCUUUCAAUACCUGGGCCGAAGCAACAAUUAACGGCUCAAUCUUACCAUCCCUCUUCUCAUUCCUAACAUACGUCCAUGAAUUCCUAUCAAAAAACAACCAAGCUCACUACUGGCUCACAAUCCGAGCAAGUAAAGCAACACAUGAAUUCGACAUUCCGCGCUGGCAUACGGAUGAUCUAUUCUUUGCUCCACCAUCACCACCACCACCAUCACCAUCACCAACCACUACUACCACACCCUCAAAGCGAACACGCUUCUUCCAGCUCAAUCGAAAUCCCAACCCCCCAAACUGGAAACUAACAACAACCCUCCUAGGCCCAGGAACCCUCUUCAUUCCAAUAGUCUCAACACCGCAUGCCCGCACUGCCCAAAAAUCAGCAAAACAAACCGCCCGUGCCAAGAACCCAGACCACAUGUGCCUCUCAAUCCGCUGUAUCGGAUGCGCCAUGGCAGCGGAAUCAGUACGAGCGACACUAGCAACUCAGUUGGCUCAUGAUGGUGCGAUUGUGCAAGCGGCGCGGGGGCAGUGUGUGUUUUUCCGGGUUGGGGAGGAAGAGGGCGCUGUUCAUUCUGAGCCUAUGUCUCAUUCAGAUCGGGUUUUUGUUAAUGUUGUUCCUGGCUCGGAACGAGAUCUUGCGGGGCUUAUGGGGAAGUGGGGAAUGGAGUUUCCUAGGGCUUGGUGUGUUGGGUUGUCUUUUGAUGAUUUGUAUUUGAGGGAAGGGUGUUUGAGGGAUGUUUGA